CCUCUCCAUCCCAUCCUUGUAUAUUCAAGCUUUCUUUUCCCUUCUUCCAAGAAUACUGUUUAAGGCUACUGUGAAGUUAGAUAUAGAUUAAUGGAGGAAAUCACAUCUUUAUGGAGCUAUCAAGAGUCUAUGGAUGAGUUGAAGCAGAAGCUUCUGUACACAAGUUUUGAACUGCAGAGGUUGAAGGUUGAAUCCAGGGAGGAGAUGAGGAAGAACAAAGAGUAUGUGAAGCAACUGGUGCAGCUUGUGAACACUGCUUGCAGGGAAAGAGAUGAAGCAAGAAACCAGAUUCAGAAAGUGCUCAGCAGCUUUUCUCAGGUGGUUCAAACUGAUCAGAGCCCUCUUGUGAAGCCUGCAAGGGCAAAUUCAGGAUUGACAGAAUCAAACAGCCUGUCUGAUGCCCACAACCAUUACUUGUCACACGGCUCUUCCCCGGUUGAGUCGUUGUUGGAUCCAGUGUCGUCGCCUGAGCUCUCGAGCAUGAACGGUGGCGAUUCGAAAGCUAUGGUGUUUGUGAGCCUGAACCAACCUCCUUUGGUUUUGGACUGCAAUGGCAGUGUUCCCAGGGUGCCUGAAGUUGUUGAUCAGGGGACAUUGGUAAUUGACAGUCUUGUGAAGGGGAAACCUUUGCCUGAGAAAGGCAAACUCCUGAAUGCCGUGCUCGAGGCCGGGCCGCUUCUCCAGACACUCCUGCUAGCCGGUCCACUUCCCAGGUGGCGCAACCCGCCUCAGCUCAAACACUUUCACAUUCCACAGGUGUCCAUCAGAGGCUGUGAUGCAGAUGCUGUUCCUCACAACCCUGCUGCAGCUCCACAGUUUCUCAAUGCACAACAGCCUUAUUUUGAGAUGUCUUGUGGUUCUUCACAAAUGUUGUCCACAUCUAUGUUGAACUUUGGCACUGUUCCUUCUGCAGGCUGUGUUGGAAACCAGAUGUUGAUAUCUUCGGGUUCCAAUAUUGACUGCUAUGGCCAUAUGGGCAAACGACAGCGGCUCCAUUGAAGAAGACCUUGAAAGAUGCUGUUAUAGAAAUUUUUGUAUAUUUAAGGUGGGGGUGGUGUAAAUGGGAUAAACUCAUAUUGAGUUGAGUGGCAUAGCCUUUACUUUCUAGUUCAGAUUUCUUAUUCUUAGCCAAUCAGUCCAAUAAAUUUCACAGUUGAUUCUUGCUACAAUGCUCAGCUGAGACUGAGAGCCCAGAAACAGAAAAUUUUUCUUGUUCUCUCUGUCAAGUCCAUUUUGUGUAAGUAAAUUUACAACAGAAUAAUGAAUUUCAA